CCGAUCUGGUCCCUCGUCUGCAUUUUGUAACCACCAUUCGUCUUCUUCGAGAUCGUCAGCCAUGCUUUUAGUUCGCUGUAGCGAUUUCGGUUUCUAGCCGGAAGUAGGAUAUUUUAUGUUCUUCCGUAGAAAAUGGAAACAAAAUAAGCGCGGAUUCAAAUUUCUCAAAACAAAUGACGAUUCUGUGUGUGCAGGUCAAGUAAAUCACAAAUCAUUAUGGCAAGAAGGAGAAUUGACAAUGAUGAUUUAGAUGAGAAGUUUGAUCAGUUCCUUCAAGAGUCAAUGUCUGAUGAUGAAGCCUUGGAGAAACUGCUGCAAAAGAAAAAGAAGAAAGAUGAAAAACAGCCAUGGUGGAUGACUGAAGGAGGAGGAGGAGAUGACGAUGAUAUUGCUGGUGACGAUGAUGCUAAUGCCUACCUUGGGACAUCAACUCAAAGUUUUCUGAAGAAAAAGAAAGAUCCAAAACCUGCAACAAGAAGCUUUCUUAAGAAAACCCCAUCUUCAAAUGAACAAUCGAAGAGCAAGAGUGAUGGAAAUCAAGAAAGUAAAGAAAAGGAAAUUCAACCUAAAGAGAAACCCACAAAGAAUGAAGAAGAUGAACAGAAUUAUUUCAAAAAGGAUUUUGAAAGUUCUGAUGAAGAGGUUGUCACUGGGGUAGGGAUGGGAAAUAAAAAAUCAACUGGAGAUGCAAGAAAACAGCUUCAGGUUGACAUGACGAUGAGCAGAGACAGUCUCGAUGAACCCAGUGGCUACAAGGCAACCAUAUCCCCCGUAUUAUCAGAAUCUGAGUUCCAACCAAGUGCCACAGAGGACAGCUUAUAUAGGGGCAGUCUGCAGGGAACCCAAGACACCCUCGGGGAUAUGAGCACCAAGGCUCAUUCCACGCCCAAAUAUGGUCAAGACACUCUCGAUGAAAUUGCUGACAAGGAGAACUUUUUUAAGAAUCUUGAGAAGGCCAAUGAAGACAGUGUUGACUUUAGUAAAUUGAAUAAAGAUCUUGAAAAGACAAAUACAUUUGGCACAAAUGAAGCUGGCAAGCAGGAUCUAUUGGCAACUGGUGUUGAAACUCCAGACACAACUCUUACUAAAGCCAAUGUAACACAAUCAGAGGAACAGUACGAUAAAACUCUAGAUGAAAUUAAAGCUCUACGAAGAGAACUAGAAGACCCUAUGGAAAGUCAGAAUGAACCAAAUGUUCUUGACAUUCUCAAGCCUGCUGAACCACAAGGUCAAGGUCAUCUUUUGAGUAGCAAAGAACCUUCGGUAUUUGACCUACUUAAACCAGCAACUGGAGAACAAGAAACUGUCAGUAAAGAGCCAUCAGUGUUUGAUUUAUUACAGCCAGUAUCAAGUCAAAAUGAUCUUGUAUUACCUGAUAAAGACCAAGAACAAUAUUCAUCUGACUACAAAGGUCAUGAAAAUGUGCAAAGGUCAGUGUUUGCCCUAUUGCAGCCUGCAGAACAUCCAGUUUAUAGGGAGGAAGAAGAGAAAAGGCAACAGCCAGUUCCAUCUCCUCGGACACAUAAACCAAGUCUAUUAUCAAAAGUUUCUCUGCUGGAAGACACAAUAGAUGGCACUAUGGGCUCAUCCAAGCUGAAGAAAACUAAAGGACUCGACACAGAAUACAUGGGCACUAAUACUCAACAGAAUAUGCAAGAUUUACAAGAGGCUCUCCAGGGCAUGUGUACGCAGGAGUCAUCCCUUGAAAUGACACACGGAACAUUGGGGCUAUUGCCAGGCAAACAAAAAUCAGAUCACAAAUCAAAAGGUAACAAAUUGAAAGGUGUGAAAUCGCGCAUUGACAAUAAGUGGCAGGGUAAGCCUGGGGGUCAGAAAGACUUGCAAGGAGGUAAAACAGGGGGUCAGGAUGCCUGGUCGCCUGCCCAUACUGCCAAGUCGAAAUUCACAGGGGUUGACCGUGGUCCACGUGCAAAACCAACACUAGGGGGCUCUCAGCUUAAAGCAUCAGUCGAAUCAUUCGCUAACUACAUCCAGUCUCAUUUUUCGCCCGAGGGUAAACCCCCAAGGCACCAGCCUCAGAAGCGUCAGCCACAGGAUGUAGACUACUCCACAGGCCUUAGUCAAAUUGGUGUAGAAAGAGAGGAAGCCCUGGUUAGGGAGGCUAAGGAAUGGCAAGAACAGUGGAGAGAAGAAAGGAAAUUAGUUGCGAAACUAAAGCUGGAUUUGACCUCUCAAGAGCAGAUGUAUUUGGCUGAAAUUGAGAACAACAGUCAGAAAUAUGAAAAAGAAAUAUUUGAUCUUAAACAAGAAAAUUUCCUUCUUAGUGCCAAAGUGGCAGCAGCAGAUACAAGUGAACUAAGCGUGAAGAGAAAAAUACUUAAUGGACAAUCAAUAGAGGGAGCUAGUGAGGAACAGCUAAAGAGGUUUGAGCAAGAGAUCAGAGAACAAGAAAAACUUCUCCAAGGAUACCAACAAGAGAAUGAGAAAUUAUAUAAAGAGUUAAAGUCAGUCCAGUCUGAUGGUAAAGUGAAUCGAGAUAAGAUCUUUAGAGAAAAUCAGAGGUUGAAUAGCCAAGUGAUCAAUCUUAGAUCACAAGUUGAAAGGCUUGAGACAGAGCUCUCCACAAAAGGAGGUAGAACAAUCACAGAUCACCAGACCGUGUCUGGUAGUGUGAAUAGUGCUGUACUAGGAGCAGGGAGAAUCGCUCAAUUAAACGCUGAGUUAAAACAAUCUAAGACCAGAGAAGGCAAGCUGAAGUUUGAGAUCAGCACUUUAGAGCAGACAAGACGUGAGCUAGAGAAACAUAUAGAAAUGCUAGUUGCAGAAGGGGAAGAUAUGAGAGAGACAAUGGACAAAAUGAGGAGUCUAAAUACAGAUAAAGACAAGGAGACUCAAAGGGAACUACUUGUUGAAGUAGAGAGAUUAAAGAAGAGGGUAAAGUGGUAUGCAGAGAACCAGGAUUUGCUGGAUAGAGAUGCUAGUAUUAUACAGACCAAGGAAGAAGAAAUUGUGCAGUUGAAGAAACAACUUGCACAAAUAAGAAAUAAGGCCAGUGAGAAGGAAAAUGACAUCAAGAUUAAAGCCAAAGAACGAAGCACCGAAUCAAAGAAGAUACAAGACUUACAAAGACAGGUGAAAGAAUUAGAGGGCAUCCUCAAGAAAAGAAA